AUGGCUCAAAAUCUGACUACACAACGGCUGGUCAAUGCGACCAAUAUUCUUUUUCAUCUUAUGGAUCUCCAGCCUUAUGCGCUGGUGCUACCAAUGGACUGCAAGACUGCGUCGCGCAACAAGCGUAAAAUAAUGCAGAAAAUCAUUGCUAACAACCGCGAAACGCCGACGACUAUUGACAACAAAGAUGCUAAUGAUGUUAAAGAAAAGACCGAGGUGAAUGGCAACGCGCCAGCGGAGUCAGCUAUUGAUAUUGCCAGCACAGACGGCUCUCGUAACAGCAGCACAAAUCAUAACUCUGUAGCGUCUAAAAACGAGCCUGCAGAUGCAUCGAGAACCUCAUCGCCAUCAUCUGUGAGGAAUGGCAACACAGUUGACACACGUAUGAAAACGCUAUCCGAACAAGCUUCUAGCGAAAGUGCGGCCGGUAGUGAGGCACCUGUUCUGGACUCUGAUAUACCUAUUAACGAUGACAAUUCACUGUUUGCUUCGGUUAAUCGCAUUGUUGAGCGUUUGGACUCCGAAGACAUGAAAGGAUGCAUCAUUAUGUUGGCUGCCAAGACUGAGUCUUCCAGUGGAGUGAUGCCGUUGGCUGGUGGCAUCAUCGAAAUUUACGACGAACAUGAACGCAGUAUCCAAGCGAUUUGGUUGAACCGAUCAUUGGAACAACGUGCAGAUAUCCAGAUUUUGCUAAAAACACUAGUACUGCGCAUCUUUGCGCAUGCCUACCAAAUCAAUCUCCCCGACCGCCGGUAUUCCAAAAGCAAUAAAUUAGUCUCUAUUUAUCAGAGCAUGUUGGUAACUUUCCCGCGCGAAUGUGUAUCGUUUAUCGAGAAGGAUAUGUUGCUGUCGAAGCACUACGAGACGUUUGGAUUUAACGAGGCGCACAAUGACAACCCGAAGGUACCUUGUAGGUGCCACAAAGUGGCGGCCCAAGCGAGUGAGAUGUUUUACGGUAUAUCUGAGUCUAGGUUUAACAAUUUGUACACAUCGCUGUACGAAAACAUGUUAUUUGAUUCAAUCGGCCAAAUGACACCAAUAAUGAAGAUGUACCCAGCCAGCUCAUUCAACAACGCCGAAAAAAUUGACCACAUUACUAAGGCUGUUCGGGAGAUUGAGCGGUCUUUAAGGGAACAGAGUGGAAGCAAGAAGCCGCGCAAGGCGUGA